CAACUGGUUCAACGAUAAGAAUCGUGAAAGAAAAUCUCUCUUUAGCGUUCAUAUGAGCAGCUUGAACGGAAAUCCGGCAUUUCCUUCUGCACAGAAUGGCUAUGGCUAUGGCUAUGGCUAUGGCUAUGGCAGUGGUCCUCCUGCUCUGUUCAUGGAGAAGGUUAACAAUCACGGGUCCUUUUCAUCACAUGGAUGCCCACACGUUAGUCAAGAGCAAAGCAAUUGAGCGGCGACCCAUAAUUCAAAGCUCCCACGCAGUUUCUACAUAUCAAUCGGUGAAGUAAAAGCCGAAGUUGUUGAAAUCUGAUGGCUGAGUUCUAUCUUCCAACUCAAAACGAGUUCAGAUUCUUGUGGGUCAGAGAGCUUUGGAGGAGAAUAUCAACUAUUGAUUCAUCCUGCUUUUGUUCUUCACAAGGAACUGCUAAAUAUGCAGACUUCAAAGCCCAAAAGUUUGGAAGCACCACUGAGGAAACCUCGACCCGCUGGACAAGUUAAAGCUCUUGGUUCGGAUUCUGUUUCGGCUGCCUCAGCUCCAUUUUCUAUGAGUAAGAUGACAAAGGAAAGAAAUCCUAAGACUGGUGUAAUGAAAUCAGUUCAAAGUUCAGUAGUUGAGAAAAAACGUCCAAAUCGAGUUUCUAUGAUGGAAUCACGGAUUGCUCAACUUCAAGAUGAACUGAAAAAGGCAAGGGAUCAACUAAACACCUCUGAAUCAUGGAAAAGGAGAGCAAAAGAAGAUGCUGAAGAGGCUAAGCAGCAGCUUGAAUCCAUGUCCUUAGAGCUCAAGGAUUCUAGACAGCAAUUGGUAGAGCUUUCUGCUUCUGAAGACGAACGAAUCCAAGAGCUACGGAAAAUUUCGCAGGAUCGAGAUAGAGCAUGGCAGUCUGAGCUUGAGGCCCUCCAAAAACAGCAUUUAAUGGAUUCUGCUGCUUUGGCUGCUGCCAUGAAUGAAAAUCAGAAGCUCAAGCUUCACCUCGAAAGGAUAGCCGGUUCGGAGGCGAACCAGAAUAGACAUGCUGAGAUUCAGGGCCUCAGAGUAGAACUCAAAGAAACACUUUCACUGGUGGAGGAACUUAAAUCCAAGCUCUCUGAUUAUGAAUAUUCUGAAGCUCAAGCUCUUGAUGAUCUGACAAAAACACAAAUGGAGCUAGAAACUGCAAAUGCAACCAUCGAAACGCUUCGAUCAGAGGGAGCGAACGCGAUGACCGCGUUCAACUCUGUGUCCUUGGGGUUGGAGCAAUCCAAAGAAAAAGUUACAUCACUGGAGGCUCUUGUUAGCAAAUAUCAGGAUGAUUUGGCUGAGCUUAAUUGUAUUAGAUCUGAAAUGGGUCAAUUGAGACUAGCAUUAGAUGUUGCUGAUAGAAGGUAUCAGGACGAGCAGCUUCGGAGCGGAUUACAGAUCAGAAGUUCUUAUGAAGAAGCGGAAUCGGUAAAAUCGGAGUCACGUUUGAAAGAGGCUGCAUUUGAAGCUGAACUCACUCUAGCCAAGGCACAAAUCGAGCAACUGAUGACACAUCUCGAUGAUGAGGCUCGACUUCUAAGUAUUGCCAAAGAUGACGAAACUUCGAACUCGAAUCAGAAAACUAAAGAAAGUGAAAACGAACAGCUGAAGAAGUUAGAGGCUGAUAUUGAGGAGUUGAAGGCAAGCUUGCUAGAUAAAGAGACAGAGUUGCAAGGAAUCAUUGAAGAAAACGAUAUGCUCCGAAUCGACAUUCAGAAAAUGGAAACGAACGGCGAAAGGACUGAUCUGGAAGAACCAGCAAAAUCUGCAAAUGAAGAGGCUUUAGCCAAGCUCGGCAGUGUAAGCGAAAGCUCGGAAAUGGAGGCGGAAUUGAGGAGGUUAAGGGUGCAGUUGGAUCAAUGGAGGAAGGCAGCUGAGGCAGCUGCAGCAAUGCUCUCACCAGGGAAAGAUGGAAAAGUUGUAGAGAUUUCAGGUCCUACUGACAGCAACUAUCCUUUGGGCACGUUCUACUCCGAUGACCUCGACGACGACUCGACGAAGCAGAAGAAUAUCAACAUGCUGAAAAGGAUAGGUGUUCUAUGGAAAAAGAAUCAAAAGUAGAUGGAAUUCCAGCAGCAUAUUCCCUGUAAGUGUUAUGCAAAUUGGGUUGGCUUCUUCUUUUUUAUAAUUCUGGCUUGAAUUCAAAAGGCAAACAAAUAUUUUAUUUGGAUCUGUAUAGUAUAGUUGAAAAAUUGGUAUACUAAUGGAUUUGUGAUACACCCGUUAC